AUAACUGUUUUUCAUAAUUAGUGCGUCCCUAUAGCGCAUCAAAAUGGCCGCGCUUAAGAAAUUUUUGCAGUCAGAGGGAUAUGAAACGUUCAAGAAGGCGCUGUUUUUAACUCGCGAAACCUCCAAAAUGGAUCCUGAAAAUGAACCAUUUAAAUCUCUCUACGAGGCACGGACAAUCCUUUCUGACCUGAAAUCAAAAAUAACUGACAUUCGAAACGAAGAUCCAUCUAAUCGUGAACUUCUUUGUUGCCUUGCAUGUUUAGAAAUGCACUUGGGAGCAAACUUUGUUGAAUCUGACGAAACAAGCAGUGGCGAAGAGCACUUAACAGAUGCAUUGAAAAUUCUGGAAGAAUUUAAAAUGGAAGACUGCGCAGUUAGUAUAUAUUUGCACACACUCAACCAUCUCAGCAUUUUGUGGUCUGCCCGUAACCAGCACGAAAAAGCGAAAGAAUUCUUGGAGAAAGCAGAGAUACUUUAUCAAAACUACAAACAAAAUGUAAGCAGUGCGCCCAAACAUGCAGAAGAACCAUUUCAAGAAGUAGAAAACGAUGCAGAGGGUUUUCUUCUUCGGGAAAAGAAGUUUGAAAGCCUAUACACUCACACUUUGUAUUACAAGGCCCAGGUGUUAGCGAAGUUGGGCGACAGCGAGUCCUCGGCCAGAUUUUGUCACAUCACUUUGCAUCGUCAGCUUGACGCCAAUGAAUAUGACCCAGUAGAGUGGGCACUGAACGCUGCCACCCUGUCACAGGUGUAUAUUUCUCAGGAAAAGUUUCCUGUUGCAAGACACUGCCUGGCAAGUGCAUCUGUUGUGUUUCGUGAGGCAAAAACAAACAGGAAAAAGCUAGAAGAGGACAAAGAAAACUGGGACUACAAGGAUGCUGAUAUAAUGAGAUGUUGGAUUAAAUAUGGGCUUCAGCUGCUGGAAUCAUCAAGAGAAGAUAUGAUGAGACAAGUAGAUACUUUUGAUGAUGAUCACAAGAGCAAGGAAAGUUUGUCUGAAAAAGUUGAAGAAUUGGAUCACAAUGCAGAUAAAUCAACAACUGAUCAUCUUGAUUACUUGAAAAAGAAGGGCUUAAGUAAAUCUGAUGAUACAGAGACUAGUGAUUAUGAAAAAGAAGAGAAAACAUAUGAACCUUUUAAUCUAGAAGUUACUUUGUAUGAAGAGAAAGUCACUGAUCAGCUUGUUCGAACUUUUGAUGAUGCACGGCAAGUAUUUCUCUUUGUUCAAGAAGCAAUCAGUCAUGCCAAAGCUGUGUACAGCUUAGAUGGAAACUGCAGUGAUUACAUUCAGCUGGUCCAGGAUCACAGUAAGGCAUUCAAGUUGCUGGCUUUUUUUGAGUUGGAUAUAGGCAGACAGUGUCGCAUGCACAAGCGUAGAGUGGAUAUGUUGCUGGCAACAUUGAAUGAGAUCAACCCACAAUACUAUUUGUUGGUGUGCAGACAACUUAUCUAUGAACUUGCAGAAACUUACAGCACUAUGAUGGACCUUAAACUAUCCACAAUUGAGUUACAGGGAAGGCAACCAACACCACAUACUAUCAAGAAAAUAAACUCGCUUGCCCAGCAAAGCAUAAAACAAUAUCAGGCCUAUUUGGAUACUUUGAAAGGAGGCAAACCAGAUUAUCCAGAUACCUUUCCUGAUGGCAAUACACGACCAGCUUUGCUGGCUUUUUUUUGCAUUGGUCGUUUGUGGGGAAAAAUCACGACACCAGAUGUUAGUGAGCGGUUGUCCUGCAUGAAUAAGUCUUUAGAGAAUUACAAAUAUGUUGUCAACUACUGCAGCAGACACCCAGAGGCACGUGCUGAAAUUGCUAAGGAACAUGCUUUAUGUGAGGAACUGAGUGCUCUUCUUCCUUUGAAGAUGGGGAAAAUAAGAGAUGGAGAAUUUGUCUAGUUUUGGAUACAUUCUACAAAAAUGCGUUUUGCAAAAAUGCGUUUUGUUUGUAUGUGUAUAUAUAUAAAUCUUAGCUUUUUUGGGCCCAGUAGUAGACAAAACAGCUGAAAGCGUUCAACUUCAGGGAGAAACUUUUUUUACUUUAAAGAUGCCAUGGUAACAAACAUGUGAAAGCAUGACGUUACCUGCUCUUCCUUUCAUCAUCAUGCCACUGUUCUCCCUUAGUUUAAUAACCCUUAUUGUCUGUUUUGUGGCAAGACAGUCCAGUAAUAACAAUGUGAAAGCAUUUCAAUACCCAUUCUCAGAGGUGUAGUUUAGGCUAACUUUUCUUUUCUAAAUCAUAGAAAUUUAAACUUAGCUUAGUUUAGUCCUUGUUACUCCUCAAGGAGCAUAGGGCUGCAACAACACCUUGCCACCUUAAACUUGCUUUCCAGUAAUUCGGUGUGGCUCAGUUUUGUUGUUGUUUUUAAGGUGGGGACAGGGUUUGAAUCAUUGUAGCAUGAGACUCGAGAGAAGCAACAUUUGGAUCUCCAGUUCUUGAUAUUUCUUUAAUUCUGUUAAUAUUGUUACCAUAAUCACUUUGUUUUUUGUACAACCUUUUGCUGAAUAUUUCAUGUUAGAGAAAGUUGUUAUUUUGUAAAUGAUAUUAUAUUGUAAUUCAAUAUUAACAUCAUAGUUUUAGAAAGUUUUUGUUUCAUUUGCUAUAGCCAAACAAUCUUCCUAAAUGUAAAUGAAGACGAAUCAGUUCGCUAUUUUUCUGAGAUAUUCUAUUAAGUAUAUAUUGUUUAUAUUCGAGGUAAUUUUGUGUAGAGUUAAUACAAUGUUUUGAUUUGAAAGUUUCGAGAAAAGUAAAUUGAUUUCGACUGUUUAGUUACUGCUAGGGUAGGUAUUAUUCUUGACAGCAGUCAUUAGAAAAGAGUUCAAAACAGUUUUGGCCAAUUCCUACUGAAGGACAGGUAUUCAGUAUUUGUUUUAGACAUAUUUCUACUUUUAAUUUACUUUGGUCUGCACAUGAAAAGAUCAGUCUCUUGAUCCAGUUGAUGUAUUGGAUUAUUAUUAGUGGGAAACUACUUGAAAAUGUGUAAUGUCAUCGAUACUGCGCCUGAACUUCAUAUAUGCAUUUGGAGAAAUUUGAUGUACAAGUGACAAAUGAUUGAAGACUGGGGACUGAGAAGCUAUAUAGAAUAUGAACAACUAAAUCAUUUACUGAACUAAAAAAGUGAUUUCCCCAAUUUGAUUUUUUUUAAUUGCUUGCUGUGUGUGUGUGUGUGCAUGUGGUUUUUGUGCAUGUAACUGGAGACAAAGAUGGGUGGUUCUUUCUUUGCUUUGGGAUUUGAUUUAGGGAGUAGAGGUUGAAUUAGAGGGUAAAGAUUUAGGUUACAAACAGUUUUAGUAGUUAGGAGGAGGAUAUAACAACUUGAGUGCUCAGCAGUUUUUACUUGGGAUUUAGGCCGAUGUUUCUGGUCAGGAACCAGGGAAAUCUUUGUAAGUAUAAUUACCAAUAUAUAUAGUAUUUCCCCACUUCAGUGGAUUAACAAAAGAUUUUAAGAGGAAUAUUGUUAUAGAGGAAUGUUAAGAAACAAGUAGUACGUAGCCUGCCUGAAAGAUGUAGAAAACAUUGAAUGGGGGGCCGGGGGGGAAGUAUUUGAUCACAGAACAAGCAAUCUUUCCCACCUCCAGCUCAGGAUAUUAGCCUUGUUUCAGUUGUUUCCCUUAGUUUAAAAAAAGUUAUUUUAAAAUGAGAGAAAAAACAAAUAAUACUUAACUUAUAAGUGUGCUGUCAUGUUCUAAUGCCAUCAUGUUUCUUUACUUGUUGCAUUUUGUAAGCUCAUAUUAUUUCAUGCACUGGUCUGUAAAGAUCUAGUUCUUAGAAAAACCCUAUCUCAGUCAUUGUCAUACCCUGCAACAGAGCUGUAGUUAAUUUAUAUGAGUUGAGUACAUUGUGCUAUAUUUCCUGUUAUACUGAUAAUAUAUGCAAUGUACAUUUUUUUAAAGGAAAGUCCAGUGCAAAUAAGUUUGUUGACAUGAGUUAAAUUUCUUAGCAUUGUGCAUCAUAAAAUUUUCUUGUAGUCUCUUGUCAGCUCUCUGGAACUUUAGAGCAUUGCCUGUAUUUUCAUUUGAUUGCUGCACUUUGACUUGUCUCUUCCACAGUUCAUUAUGUCUCUGCUUGUUUUUUGCAACUCAGUACUUGAAGGACAACCUUUACUUGCAGAGGAUCCAAAACAAUGCUGCAAAACUAGCAUGGAAAUGAAAACAUGAUCUCAUCACACAAUUGCUCAAAGAACUUGGUACACUAUUAUAAGACUGACCCCACUUCCCUUUUGCUUACCCUCAUUUUAAUAGUUCUCCUCGCCCAUAUUUUUCAGCCUUUUACUUAUCUUCCUGCCUGCUAUCUUCGUUCUGCUGAGCAGAAAAAUACCUUAAGAUCCCCAAAACUAAUAUUAAAUCUUUGGUCAUCGUUCUUUCAGGUUAUUACCCUUAGUUUGUGGAACUUGCUGCUACCGUGGUGAGAAAUGCCUUUAAAUGUGAAUUAAAAACCUACUAUUUUCUUCUGGCUUUUCCUUAUCCUCCAGUUGCUUAUUGUGCAGUGUAAUAAUAAUAAAUGUUCUAGCUGCA